AAAAAAUGACCUGCUGAAAGUUCUGCUAAAAGUUCUACUGAAGUCCUACAAAAAAAAGUGAUGUCUUCAAACACCUUGUGAUUUUUUUUAAACGUAGACAUAAAAAAUAUAACGUUUCACUUCCAUUCAUAAUUUUAUUUUCUCCUUAUCAAUUUUAAAAAUUUGUGAAUAUCACAUCAUGUUCAAAUCAAAUCAAAUUCAACUCGAUUUUUUCAAUUUCGAUUGUAAAUAUUUCAUUUGUUCAAAAAUUUUGAAAUUCGAAUAAUAUUCGAAUUUCAUGUUCUUUUUUGUAGAAAAAUUGAAAAUGCAAAAAGAAAAUCAAAUGGGCCCGAGCAAAGCGAGGGCAGAAGCUCUCAAAAAUCAGUAUUUCAAGAGGUAUAAAAACGCGACGUUUUUUUUUCCUGCGAUGGGUUACUUAUAAAAAGUUUAUUAUCUUGCUUUGAAAUUUCAAAAUUUCAAAAUGAUUUUUAUUGGAAAAUUGAAAAUAGAAAAGCAAACGGGCUCGAGCGAAGCGAGGGUAAAGGUUCCCAAAAAUUAGUAUUUUGAGAGGUAUGAAAACGAUAUUUUCUGCUGUGAUGUAUGAAGAAGUUUAUUAUUUAGGUUUCUAAAUUCUGAAAUUCAAAAAUAUUAUUUUAAAGUCAGAGUAAAGCGAGGCCAAAAGCUUUCAAAAAUUCAAUCAUGUUUUCAGAAGUAAAAACAAAAAGUUUCUUUAUGGAGAGAAGAGUCUAUUUUUCUGAUUCAAACUUGAACAUUUCUUGAAUUUGAACAAUGAGCCGUCGAUGUAUGCGGGAAAAGAAGAGCAAAUAGCCCGAGCGAAGCGAGUGCAAUAGCUCUCAAAAAUGCGUAAAUCAAAAUCUAAAGAAGUCGAAAAAUGAGCACUUUUCUACAAAAUUUGUCCAAAAUUUCGGAAAAAAAAGGAAAAAUUGAAUCUCGGACUAAGACUUUAUUGAAAAAAAUUAAGACUUUUGGAUAAAAUUGUUGAAAAGUAGGACUUUAGUAGGACUGAAAGGACCAGUAGGUCCUGUUAGACACCUACUAUUUUUACGUAGAUGAAAAUAUUUCGGCGAUGAACGUUUCAUUAUUAAAAAAAAAGAGAGAAGUAACUUUGGUAAUCAAAGAAUCUUGAAAACGUAACUAAAAAAGUGACAAAACAAGAGUAAAACAUUUUAAUGCAGAAAAGAUCAUUGAAAAAAUCAGAACUUUUCGUUUUCAUUAAAAUCUAGUUGUAAAAAUGAAACUAGAGAAACGUGUAUGUACAAUUUUAGCAAAAAGCAAGACUUUUUGAAAAUUGAACAAAUUAGCAACUUUUUGAUGGCGAGAUUUACUAGUAACAAUGGGCAACAAAGGGAGAAUUUUGCAAUUUCUGGCAAAAAGUCAGAUUUUUUCUGACCACUUGAACAAUAAUGGAAAAAGUUUUUUUUAAGCAAAUUCUGACCAAAAAAAAACGACACAUCGGGACAACUUUUGGAAAAGAGUGAGGCUAUUUGAAAUUUUCUCCAAAAACCCGCCAUUUUGACAACUUUUUUGACAAAAAACGAAACUUCUAGGUAAUUCACAGAAAAGGUUAUUUUUAGAAAACAGAAGUGAACUACAUUUGAGCAAAUGACAUCAAUUUCUUGAGUCUAUAGCCUCAAAAAGAGUGAAAAAAAGUCAGCAGAAAUUAUGGAAAAAGCUGUUUUGGCCAAUUUGUGCUUCCUAAGCAAUAAAUAAAGAACGAAUUUCAGCAUUUUUUCAAAAUUUUAUUCAUUAAAAAAAAAUGCGCCACUACCUUAAAAAAAACUUCUCAAAAAAUGAAUAGCCUAUUGUUUAAAAAUUAAUACGAGAAAUAAUAACUGGAUUACUGUUAUUUUGAUAUUUUCACAAUUUAGGAAUAAUUUGGUCACAAUUAAUGCAUGUUUUAUAUGCAUAUUUUCAAGUUUUUCGUGCAUAAAAAUCCGUUCUCUAAUAAUAAGGUAUUAAAAUUGUCAUUAAAUGCAUCAUACAAUAACUGUAGCUGCACUGAGAAGAUGAAAAAAAUACAGUUCAUUACUUGGAACACUCUUAUAGCAUGAAAAAGAUCUUAGAUUUUCCAAGGACAGUAAGCAAAAUGAAAAUAAAACUGUCAGAAUUUGCAGUUUUCUGUAAAUAUCUUGAAAAUGGAAGCCUCCUUUUAAAAUUUCAAAAGUUAGAUUCGCAGCUUUAAAAAAAAAAAUCCAGAAUAAAACCUCCCAGAAAAACAGGAUUUUCAUCAUUCGGUUUUUUUUUCGAGUAAUUUUCUGUUUUAAAUUAGGAAUUCUAUUCAAUGGGCGAAACGUAUACAAAACUUUUGUUUUGUAGGGAAAUUACACUAAAAGAUGUUCUGAGUCAUCCCACCACGUAAGUUGGGCUCAAAAUUCAAUAUUUUUGUUUGUGGGGGAGGGGGAGAGGGGAUCCACAAUUUUUGGAAUUUUCACUACAAACCGCAUGAGGUACAAUGUUUUCAAAAAAAAUUACAAUACUUAUUUUUCAAAAAUGAGAUUUUUUCAUUUUCUGCUAUACGUAAGUACCUAUCUAUGACUCUCAAGGUAAAUAUUUCCUAAUGAUUGAAAUUCUGAGCAACCUAUUUGUAUGUUAAAUAAGAAAAAAGAAAAAAAAGUCAGCGAAUAGCAGAAGAUAGCAUCGUAAGCCUUCUUAGUUGUAGGUAGAUCCUUGCUCUAUGCCUGACUACAGUUAGAGUUACACACUAAAGUCAAAAUGUUUCUACUCACGUUACUCAUCAAAAUAUUAUGUACUUGUUCACAAAUUCUUUGAAAUAUCAAAAUGAGAGAACCACCAGAAAACAUCAUUAAGAUUUUUUGUGCACCCUUCCAGAGAUAUUUUAUCAGAUUUCGUAAUCUGGAAGUGGUGGGGAUACAGGGUACAACUGUUGCACAAAGGUCCAGGGGACUUCCUCCCCUGCCUCAAAACUCUUAAAAUACGUAUAAUUACCUGAUGUUUUGAGGGUAGGAGAUUUUGAAUUUGACGAAAAAAGUUUCAGGGGAUCGAUAGUAAGGUAGUGAAGGAGGUAUAUAUUUUGAAGGUUGCGCCGCGCCGCACGUAGUGGUCCGAAAUGAAAAGUAGCGGCCAAAAAUCGAAUUUUAAAGAAAAAUCCGUAAAAUUUCGGAUAUGGGGGUUUUUUAGAUCGCUGAAGUCGAUUUUGGCACUUAUUUUACCCCUAACCUCAAAAUGAGCCCUCAAAGGGGGAGGGGGUGGUGCAAAAUUGAAUUUCAAAGCAAAAUCCGUAAAAUUUUGGAUAUGAGGGUUUUUUAGGUCGCUGAAGUCGAUUUUGACAUUUGUUUGUUCCCUAACCUCAAAAUGAGCCCCCAAAAGGGGGAAGGGGGUGGUUCAAGACAUCAAAUUUCGAUAAAUUCGAGAUGGGUAUCGAAAUAUGUAUUUUUUUCGGAUCGCUAUGGGAUAUGGUGGUUUUUUAGGUCGCUGAAGUCGAUUUUGGCAUUUAUUUUACCCCUAACCUCAAAAUGAGCCCUCAAAGGGGGAAAGGGAUGGUCCAAAACAUGAAAUUUUGAAAAAUCCACGAUGAUAUCGAAAUAUGUUUUUUUUUGGGACGCUAAAGUCCAUUUUAGUAUUCAUAUUCCCGUAGUAAUUUUUUAUCUGAAAAUGUUUUUAAAAAAAUAGGAAAAACAGCAUUUAUGCAACUUUGCAUAGCAAUUUUUUCAAAUGGGGCAGGUUGGGGCAGCAAAUUUUCAAGGGUGUUUUUCUUUACAUGCCAUAGUACCCCAGGGAUGUGAUAUUUCCCGCUGCGCUAGCUUGCGUUUUUUUUAAAAAGAACUUUUAGCUCAAAAGUAGCAAAAAAAAUGAGUUUUUUUGUAAUGAGCAUGGUAGAAACUAAAAUAUUUUUGAAAAAAUGGAAUCAACGAUUUUUAUAUUCAAAAAUGUCCAUAUUUUGAUAUAAACCCAUAAAGUUUUGAAAAAAAUUAAAAUUGACACGUUUUACAGCAUUUUGAAGUUAGCAGUUUUUUUGACUAUUUUGAGGUACCUCAAUUCAUUCAUUUCAGCAGGCAAGCAAAAUAAUGGAAAAUUGUUUGAAAUCACAGAAAAAGACGUGGAAUAUGAUGUAGAAAACCACUACACAUUCGUAAUCAACUUUUGAGACUUCUUCAAUCUGAGGAUUUUUUUAAUUUUUUGCCACUACUUCUUUAUUUCGGACCACUGUGCGCCGUGGUCUAGGAGAUCCCCGCUCCUCUCCCCCCUCCAACCCUCUCAAAAAGACUGAACUGCAACUUGAAAAAAAAAACGAAAAAUUUUACAAAAUGCAGUAAGCUAUACACAUUGAAUAAAGUUGAUUAUUAUAAUCUGUCAAGCCAUUUUUGAACAAACGACUGAAAUUUCCCUACUUUUAUUUUUAUUUUUCAGGAUACAACCUUCACUGCACUGCACCAAUCCUCGAACUACAUUCACACAUCAAAACAACAAAAACCGAUAAAAUGCCGGAAAAUAAAAACUGCCAGAACGUGUUCGCCAUUCCUGAUAUAAAAAACGAAGCUAUCAAGAGGCUUAUCCAACUUUUAAACGUAGGAGAAACCAAAUUCUGCAACUUGCACGAAGUUGACGAAGCAACCCUAAUAUUAGGUAAUACAGGAGUAGGAAAAACCAUUUUCACUCGAAGAAUUGCAGGGUACGGAGCAUCUCUCCGAUCAGUAGAAGAUGGCCUGGGCUACGCGAUCGUAAGUACCAACAACAACGAAAGUGAUAAUAAAUCCUUCAUUACCUCUGAUACUAUAUUUCCAGAAGAACUCAAAGACAACAGUACAGGAGCUGUGUAUUAUGAUUUACCAGGCUUCCUGGAUACCAGAGGAGCAGCUAAUGACAUAACUACGACUUACUUUAUCAAAAAAAUAGUCGAUAAUGUGAAACGAGUCAAAUUGCUGUUUCUUAUUAAUCAAACCUCGUUAAGUAAUGAAGGAACAAGAGACGACUUUAUUACGCUUCUAUCACACGCGACAAAAUUAGUGAAAAAUAUCGAAAAAUACAAAGAUGGCAUAGCACUUGUCGUGACAAAAGUUAGAUUCCCUAAAAAAACUGAUGAAAAUAUCAUCUCGACAAUAGCUGCAUUCAUUAAAAAAGCUAAAAACGAAUUACAGCUAAACAGUAACAGCAAUGUGGACAACACCGAUGCAAUAAAACUUCUCGACAUAGUAUUACAACAAGAUGGAAACACAUAUACGAAAAUUGCUAUUUCAAGAUCACCUGAUGAGAUAGGGCUUUUGAGCGAGAUUCCUAUGGCGCAGGAAAACACUGAGAAGUUGAAGGACAUGCUGUCGAAGAUGAAAUUCAUUGAAAAAAAUGAUUCGGAUUUUGGUUACAUUAUACCAAAGAAAUCUCUCAUAGAUAUUGACCAUAUAAUGGAUGAAAUCGGUCGAAAUGCUGCUACCAGUGCUCGAGAAAUUGGUAAAGAAAUGCAGAAAUACUUAUCUUACGAAGAAGAGCGAUUUUACGAUAUCUCCAAAUUGUACAAUCUUACAAGUACGAGAUACGAUGAACUACAGAAAUUACAAGAAAAGGUCUCUAAUCAACACGAAAUCAAAAAAUGUGCACGAGAAUUAGAUAACAGUGCAGCAUCAAUGAAUAUCAACUCAAUUUACCAGAAAACAUUGAUCAUAUAUGGUGAUUAUCUGUCAUUUUUGCACGAAGUUAGCAACCAUUCCAUAAAUAACGAAUUCCAGUGUGCAGAUGGAUUGCAAGAUGUAAUCCAGUUUUCAUAUAGGUCGAAAAAAUGGUAUUAUUUUUUGAAUAAAUUAUACGAAAAAUUAUCUGACUAUGAAACACAAAGCAAUACUCUCAAUAGCCCAUGUACCUCAUUUGCUGAUCAUGUCUUCAAUCAUAUUGAGAGUAAAAAAAAUUCUGAAUUCAAAAUCGAUCCGGUUGCUUUGAAAAAAUGCUACCCAAGUUACGAAUCCGAAUUCGAAGAUAUGAAAAGUGUAAUAGUAGAUAAACCGAAAUUGGAAGCUUUAGGUAAAGUGCUACGUAUGACAUUAAAAAGCAAUCUAUCUUGUUCAUGUGAUUCCAACAAAUUGGUAAUAAAAGGGCAAUAUGUUAAGCUCGAAGACGUGCCUAACAUUCAAAAUACAUAUUGUGGAGGAACGCCAAAAUCUAUAGAAAUCUUCGCAUUGAAUGAAGUAUUCAUAAACGAAGAUUUAGAUAAAACAGGAGCAGCUGUGCAACUCUCAAUUGUAGCUCCGGUAUGGAAUAUUCAGGGCUCUCGCCGAAUUACACUGGAUGGCGAGUCCGCAAAGGCUCACUAUUCGGCAAAAGCACGAGAUGGAGAAUGUUUGGGAGCUCGCGGCACUGAUGGUUUGUCUGGAUUACCUGGAGGUUCAGCAGGAAAUUUCUUUGGAGUAGGGGAUACUUUCAAGAAUCUGCAGGGGCUUACAAUUUCUGCCAGAGGUGGUAAUGGAGGACCGGGGCAAAAUGGGGGUGAUGGUUUAAGGGGUCGAGAUGGUGUUGACGCUCAAAAUGAUGUAAAAUUGACUAAGCCCGACGAUGUUGCUCAAGGUAUCCUUACGCUCGGCAUUAGGAUAUCACGUAUUCCAAAAUCUGACAACUUUAGGAUCCUAAAUUGGUAUGAGAAAGUUGGACAUUAUGAAAUCCUUCUUGCUGGUGAAGAUGGUCAGAGAGGCGGAGGUGGUGGAGAUGGUGGAGCACACGGUUUCGGUGGGAAUUCGGGUGAGAUUAAUUUUGUUAAACUCGCAUCCUCGGAUGCAACCGAUGUAAAGAAAGUGAAUGGAGUAGGAAGCAACGGUUCAGAUGGUCUUGGUGGUGAAGGUGGCGCGGGUGGGAAAAACGGAAACAAUCUCAGGGUAGACAUACCAUGGAUAUUUGGAAAUCUUAAGAAAACCUCAACACAUUCAAUUUACAUCAGCAGUAGAGCAGAUGCGGGAAUUCGUGGUAGAGAUGGUUAUGAGAAGGAAAGAAAAUAUCCGCAACAUAGUGAAAAGUUUUCAAACCCAAUGGACAUGAUGAAUGAAUUCAAAAAUUACGCCACGCAAAACCUGGAACGAAGUGUGAGAGAAUUAUUCCUAACGGAAUUUCUUCGCAAGUUAGAGAAUGACGCGCGUUUGCAAAGCCAUCAUAGAAGACGUCGUAAUAUAAAUCGUUCAGAUCCAACACAAACCAUUGAUCACGAAAUUGCACUCAGACUCGAGGCAAACCAUUUCAGAAUUUCACGUACGCUGAAGGCAAUCACGUUGAGAAACAAAAAGGGUGCUGACGGAAUUGAAAAUACCUUAAAUACAAAUAAAAUCAAUAGAACCAUUGUAGAUGGACUUUCUCCUGCGAAAAAUGCCGGUGUUAGAAUUAAUUCACCCAUCAACUUAGCUGUGAAUUUAGUAAGCAAUUUCUUCGGGCAAUUGAAACUCUUCGGGGUUGCAAAUAUGAUGAAUUCCGGAUUAGUUAAAGGUGGCUUAGAAUUCAUGUUCGGGGAUUCAAAACUUCCACAUGAUCACAUUAAUACUGAAGGAAAUACUGACUAUGCGAUAAAACUGGGGAAUUUCAAUAUCACCGAAUCAUUAGCAUUGGCUAAUUUCGCAGUUCGUUGCAUAACAAAACAGAAAUUUUGCAACUGUGAAGAGAAAGCGGCGGAUUUAUCUGAGGUGAGAGCCUUUGUGCUCAAUAUUAUUACAGAAUUCGAAGAAAUACUCAGUGAUAUAACAGCUGAGUACAAUUUACCUCCGGAAUCUUUGGAAUUCGAUCCAUUAACACUGUUUUCUAAACUUGAGAAAGAAAUAAUCAAUCAAAAUUACAAAAAAGUAGGAAAGAUAUUGUACCAAUCAAUUGAUGGCGGAGUUUAUCCAAACAGUCUUCAAUUUCAUACUCAUAUGUUCCACAAACUCGAAAAAAUAUUGGAAAAGCGAAACGAAGAUAAUUUUGAGAAGCACUACAAUGGCAAUCUUGAAGCUCAUAAUGCGAGUAAUGUUAUUGAAAUGGGACUUCAAAACAGUCUAAACAUGUAUCCGCUAAAGAGGCUGGAAGUAAAUCAUCCGCAGAGUAUUGGACGGAUGGAGGCUUACAAUUUGAAAUAACAUACUCACAUAUCUACUUUUGUCUGAGUCAAUACAACUUCAGAUCAUGUUUUUGGCCGGUUAGAAAUGAAAAAUGUGUGUGGAUUGUCUCCAAUAACCUGUCCUAGAUUCUCAUAAACAUAACGGGGAGGAAUUACCUACUUUCUCUUUGAAAAAAUAAUUCAAAUGAAUAAAUAAAAAUCUUUUUAAAAGUCAAGCAACCAUAACCCAUCCCUAAUACCACAUAUUAUAUGAAUUUGUAUUAAAAAUAAGAAAGCAUUAGUUUGUAAUCAUUUUAAAUUAAAUUUUAAGGCCCUAAGCACUUAUUAACUAUCAAGAAAAUUAUACAUUUUAAAAUAGUCUAGCAACGCUAACAUUUCAACUUUCUCAAGUAUUUUUACCUAAAUUAACAUAGGCUAUUAUUAUCAAUUUGAUACUAAGUACAUUUCAAUAAAUAAUAACAC